UCUUCGCCACGGGGGGCGAUGGCGCCGUCACCUGGAGACAGUCGGGAACUAGUUCUCCCGGAAGUGACCUCACCGCCUCCUAGCGCGGCGUCCGAUCCUACCGGAAGUGGCGGACGGAAGCCGGAGGGUCCUGUGCUGAGGCGGACGAGGUGACCUCGAGGCCGCCGCGACCAUGGGCCGCGAAUUUGGGCAUCUGACACGGGUGCGGCAUGUGAUCACCUACAGCUUGUCGCCCUUCGAGCAGCGCGCCUUCCCGCACUACUUCAGCAAGGGCAUCCCCAACGUGCUGCGCCGGACUCGGGCGUGCAUCCUUCGCGUCGCGCCGCGUGAGUGCCCUAGACUCCCAUCCACAGCGUUUGUAGUGUUUUAUCUUGUCUACACAUGGGGAAUGCAGGAGUUUGAGAAAUCGAAGAGGAAGAAUCCAGCUGCCUAUGAAAAUGACAAAUAAGCAACUCAUCUGGAUAAUGGUUCCUUGUCUCUGAAAGACCCUUCUCUGGGAGAGGAGUGUAUAUUGUAGUGUCUUGAAGACACAAUAAACUUGUUAUGGACUUCA